AGGUCCCUAGGUAGGUACCUACAGCGUAGUAUGUCACUUCACUCAAAAAUAAAAAAUCCAGAGUAGUUUUUGUUUUGUGACGACGACGCAAUUUUAUUUUACCUACUAGAUUUUGCUGUAACCAUCUGUUUUCCGUAAUUUUGUAUACAUUUAUUUUAAAUAUAUGUCUUGAAAGGCUUCUAUAUGAUUAGAAGUCUUCAUGUCUACAAAUUGAACUUUUUUAGCGCUAUGGCUGUUGUGCUGUUACUUUGUUUCGGUGUCUUCCUCGAAAUAGGUGUGUCUGCUUAUCAGCUAACUCUUACCAACAAUGGUCCUGCCUUGUGUGGAAUCAAUCUAACAUUUACAGCUACAGUGGCAGAUUAUUAUGAUGAGACAUUCCUUUAUGAAUUCUGGGAUGAUACUAAGAACAAAAAUAGUGGUGAAGUUAUAUUGUCCGCUGGUGUAGCCAACUGGACUCAAGAGUACCCCAAAAGCAUGUAUUCAGCCGGGGAGUAUACAGCAACUGUACAGAUUAAAAAGAAGUUUUUUGAGGUGUGGUAUCCCGUCCAAACUGCAACUUGUAAAUUCAAAUUAACUGAUACAUUAAAUGGCCAGCUGAUAUUGAACCAAGACAAUGAAGAUAGGCCAAACAAUUUUGUAAAAGUGAACAAAACAGUCACACAUACUAUUAAGUUACUUGACAGGGAACAAGAUUUUUUAAAUAAAAAUGCGUCUACAGUUGCCACAUACUGGUUCAUAGAUUGCCAAUAUGUAAUGAUGACAUCAGAUUUGUCCUUUCAAUAUACAUACAGUGAUUUGAUGGGUGAUCAUAAUAUAGAGGCAAUUGUGGCAGCUGACAACCGACCUUUGCCUCCAGUUACAACAACAACUACUACUACAACGACAACAACAACAACGACUACAACGACAACCACAACAACCACUACAACACCGAAGCCAGUAACACUUGAAGUUUUAAAUAUCACUAAGGAGACAAACAAAACUUCAGUGCACAGUCUGGUCAAACGGGAGCUGUCCAAACUGAAGUAUCGCAUUUCUAUCAAAGACACAAUCUGCAACAAUAGUUUAUCUUUUGUGCCAACAAGCGAUGAUUACACUAUUGGACAUUAUAGGAAAACAAUAAGUGUUAGAGAACCAAUAGCAACAAUCAAUAUAUCCGGUAUGACAUGGCUGCAACACGGAGAUCUGAUGAACCUUCAAAUCAAGUAUGCCGGCACGCCUCCAUUCAACUACUGUGUACAAUACAAACUAGGAAUGUAUAAUAUAACGGGCAACGAGACUUGUUCCUCUCAACUGAACACGGAUUCCAACGGGUUCUCCUUGAUACAUUACUUCCCUGAAGGAGAUCUGCAUACUGUUGUUGUUGUUGUAGAGAAUCUUGUGGGUAAAAGUGUGUCGCGAGCCACUAUUAAUAUUUACAAAGCUGUGGUGCAAGCGCAGUUGUCAGUAAUUGUGGUGCCUGUAGCAUUCUGUCUGCUGGCUGUCAUACUGGUGGUGUUCGGCAUCGCCUACUACCAACACCGCUCUAGGUAUACUGUGGAAGUGGCAGAUUUCGACUUCGGCCAGGCGAACCUGGACUACAAGACCUUCAACGAGCGACUGCGGGACAGCUUCCGGGACGCCCUCAACUUCCGGCAGCACGACGACUUGGACGCGCUCGUCUCCAACACCAGAUACGAUUCUAUGUAAUAUAAUAUUGCUACUCACGGCUCCAUAGUUAUAAUCUCGAAAGGGUAGUUGCCUACUUAAAUAAAAAAUUAUUCGUGACAUUUCACGGGUAAAAGUUACUUAUGGUCUAUUUUUAGUUACGCUUCUAUCCGCUACUCCAAAAAUAUUCAGAUAAAUAAAAACACAUAUCUUUAUCAGUAGAACAUAAUUCAUUAUUUACUUGUCCGUUUUUGAGUCAAACUUAUAUAGUGAGCUAAAUUUUUACUCGUAAUUUUAGAGCAAACUAGUAAAAAAACAUCGUUUAUCUAUCUGUAGGUCUGUCCUACAGAUCGUAUAUAGAUACAGUCCUCGUGCGUUUGGCACGAGUGAUUUUAUUUACGAAUAAAAAUGAAUUGUAUGUCUGAUUGGCAAAUUUUAUUUAUUUAUUUUACUAGUGAGUAUUAAAUUUUGUUUCUUAAUGGUUUUGAUAUAAUGGCAAGUCACGUCACCUGCUCUCAUUGUAAUAAGUCUCAUUAUCAGUCUCAGACAUUUGAACAAAUAAUCAUAUCUAAUUUUUUGGCAACUACUCUAUUAUGUAAUACAGUUUCUACCAGCUGUACGUGGCCUUUGAAUCUGGCGGCUGUUGGCUCUGUCUGGGUAGAUAGAGUUUUGGGUUGGCUGUGUCUGGUAGUCAUCGGGAACAUCCGCCAAAGGAAAAGUGUCUGAUUUUGAUAUUAUGGUGCGUCGUCUAUAAAAUCAUCGUGUAUCUAUUUUAUAGUUUUGUAAAUCAAUUAUGCUAUGCUACAUUCGAGAUUUUACCUUUUCGAAGCCGUUAGAAAUCUUACACAUCUGUCCACAAAAAGGUGUGUUCUACUUCAGAAUCGUGACAUCCAUUCCAGUGUUGAAUUUCCGCGCGUUAUUAUAGGCUAGAUAUUUUGUUUAACACGGUUCUUUUUAUGCCAUCAUUCUGAAAGAGGAGAAAUCUAUAUUAUUUUCCGAAGGCCCGAAUCAAUGCAUUUAAGAUCAGCCGACAUGUUUGUAGUAAGUAAGGAAGGUUCUUCGUUUUGAGAAUGUUGAUUUUUAUGUCCUUUUUUGUCGAAAAUGUAAUGGCUAAGACCGAAUGUGAUCUCUAAAAUUUCCUCGAUUUAUUUAUAUAAAAUGUGAUGGUAAAUCGGCUUUUUAAAGGCAUAAAUAAUAAGUAGUUUGAGCUUUAUUUUCAACGUAUUUUACAAGCUGGCAAAAUGUUUCGCUUGAUUCAUUAAUUCUUAUAAAUUUCUUACAUUUAUAUUUUAGUACUAAAGUAAAUAUACAUAUGACUAUUUACAGACUGAUGGACUAUUUAUAAUCUGUUAUUUGUGUUUAUGUAGUUCGUAAUAAGAUUCAAGUUCUAAUACUAAUAUGCAAAUUCUUCGGCGGUUCCUAGCAAGCGUGAGGAAGUAGGUUUUUUAUUUUAUAACUCUGCUUUAUAAUGUAAACUAUUGUAAUUAUUUCUAUAAGUAUUUUAAAUUGAUAAGAAAAAGAAUAACUACUUACACAUGUUUAUUGAUCGUGAGUAAUAUUGUAAUGUUGUUUUAUUUUAAAUAUUUUAGUUGGCGACAUAAAACAGAUUUUCGUCAUAGCUGUAGAACUUACGUACGAAAUUAAAAUGAUUGUUCCGUUAUAUAUUAUAUUAUAAUAUUUUCGCCUAAUUUUUGUAAAUAUUUUAGUAUUUGUUAAAUAGACCAACGUUUAUUUUUCGUUUUACUUAUUAGAUCAGAAAGCAAAGUGGCAAGUCAUGUUAUGUGAUAUAUUAGGAUUAAUUUAGACUUACAAUAUAAAUACAGUAAAGAAGUAUUAUUGUGUAUUUAUUCAUACUAUAGUAAGCAACACAGCCAAUAUAAAUGUAAUAUAGUAAUCGAUGAAUUAAAUAAUCGUGAUCCCAAUUUAUUCUUCAUAAUAUAUGAUACUUGGCUGCGAUAAAGAUUAGACAUUAGCUGUCUCCACAAACGCACACAAAGGCGCGAUGCUGCCCGCUUCUCCUAAGGGCCGGUAUCCACCAGUACAAAAAGUCAAUUUCCGUCACAGAUAUUACAUUGAAUAUAAUAUUAUAAUAUCUAUUCGUGAGUUCCGUUAGCGAAAUUGGAAACCCUAAAUUCUAUUGGUUGUUAAAAUCAAUCUAUUCUGGUGGGGACCGGCUGAAAAUGUCAAAUUAUCACAUGCGAUUGGCUAAUUUAUAAAAUCCAAAAAGAAAUAGAUAUAUAAUAUACAGAAACAGUGUUGUUCAUUAUAGACAUGAAUCAAAGUGUAUAGUUACAAUAAAAUGUUACUCGAUUUUAA